AUGACUCAGCCGGAGGUUCUGCUCUCCCUUGACGCGGAGAAGGCCUUUGACCGUGUUGAGUGGAAUUACCUGUUCAUGGUGUUUGAUGGGUUUGGGUUCGAAGCCAUCCUUAGGCUGACCGAUGACUUGUCAGACUCACUGGGGCCUACAACAGCAAGGAGUCACAGCAUUCCAGCUCUGCUACAGGUUUGCACUGCAGUAAGAUUUUAUGCAACAGGCAGUUUUUUAAAUACUGUUGGUGAUACUCUGGGUUUAAGCAAAGCCUCUGUGUCCCGAGUGAUGCACAGGGUGUCAAGUACCCUCUCAGAUAAGCUUCCAAAAUUCCCAACACAACCUGCAGAGUUGAACAGCAUUAAGAGGGGAUUCUUCAAUGUUGCAAGGUUCCCCAACGUAAUAGGGGCCAUUGACGGGACACAUGUCCGAAUCCAGGCACCAUCGGACCAUGAACAUUUGUUUGUGAACAGGAAGGGAUAUCACAGCCUCAACAUUCAAGCUGUUUGCGAUUCAAACCUAAAGUUUCUUAAUUGUGUGGCCCGCUGGCCUGGAUCGUGUCAUGAUUCGAGAGUCCUACAAAAUUCUCAGCUUUACCAGGCAUUCGAGGAUGGCAUUAUUGAUGGAAUCUUGUUGGGUGAUUCUGGAUACCCGCUGAAGCCAUGGCUCCUUACUCCCUUCUUGAAUCCUACCACACCAGCACAGAGGAAUUACAAUGCAGCUCACUGUUCUACUCGAAACACAGUUGAGAGGGCAUUUGGGGUUCUCAAAAGGCGGUUCCACUGUCUCCAUGGGGAACUGAGGAUGAUACCUCAGAGAGUGUGCAACAUUGUCUGUUCGGCUGUUGUUCUACACAACAUUGCAAGGUAGGCCUACCUAACCAAACAUAACAUUUUCAGACACUGGCCUUCCAUAAACAUAUUUAACUAACCACACAAAAGCCAAUCAUUUUUGUUUGAUUUGUCAUUUAUAAGGGAUCUCAAGCUACCUGAUCCUGAAGAAGAGGAGGGAGUUGAUGAACACAAUAGAGAAGAAGAUAACAGAGAAGAUGAAGAGAACCAGCAAGGAGCUGGUCGAUUUGUUCGUCAAAUGUAUGUUGAGAGGAUCUUCAAUGCACGAUACUGAUAUAACUAAAAACUUAAUG